GCCACGAUCGUGGUCGCGACCUCCGAUGUCCAAGACCUUCGUGAAAUUGAACAGAAAAAAAAACAUACACACGCGCGCGCACGCUAGUUACAUCUCUUCUGUGCGUGGUUUUUAAAUUUUUGUUAUCGUAUUUUUUCGAGUAGGGGUUCCCAGACGACUGGAUAAUAGUGGGAGUUUGCUCGGUCCGGCGAGUCGUCAAUUCCCUCUGGCCUACUGCCGUUAACAUUGUUAUUAAUCAUACUCGCGUUUAUGAUAUGAUAUGUUCUCCACGCGCCAUCCGCCGACGGUUAUUGAUGCAAUAUAAAUUAUAAUAUAGUAUCAGUCAACGGACUAUAACAACGGAUAGUGUAAUAUUAUUAUCGAUAGUAUAACCGUCCGGUCUUAAAUCGAGAUCAUUUCGAGGACCGUUUCGCUGCUGGAGUGCCCGUAUCAGCGUCGGGCCAUAUCGAAAACGGUACCCGUAUCAUACAUUAUUGUAAUUAUUAUUAUUAUUAUUAUUGUAUAAUAAAGAUCUCUUGUGCGCCCAUGAUCUAUCUUCCCGAGUUAUAUAAUAUCGAUCGGUAUCGAUCGCCAUCACCGUCGCCGCCUUGACGUAUAUCGUUUUAGUACCCUGCAAAUCCUGUCUCUGCGAAGACGAGGUAAAGACGGGGUGCAGAUUACGUCGAACGACCGACGAAAAAACAGACGGACACACAGAUUAGCGGAGACUUGAACGCACGCGAGUCGUAACCAUGAAGAACUUCUUCAGCAUGAUGGGUUUGUCGUACGCGUCUUCCAAAGGCGACGGCCGACGAACCAGCUACAGUGACGGCCGACGGGCCAGCUACAGCGCCGUGCCCGUGGACCACAGGAGGCGUUCUUCGGCGGCCCGUCGUCAGAGUUAUGGGGCGAACAGACGAAAGAGCUUGGACCCGGCUGCUGUGCUUGGCCGGCACCUGUUCGACGGUCGCCUGGCAGAUCCUCGGACAAGACAUACGUGUUUGAUAUCGUUGAUGCUAAUUGGCUUUUCCGCGCUCGUUCUGGGUACACUAAUCGCCGUGUUUGAUCCAUUUCAAUUAAUACUCAAAUGGAAACUCGUAAUGGUCGAAGGUGACGAGACGUUCGAGAUGUGGAAAACACCAGAAGCAGCCGUUUACCUAAAGGUAUACAUAUUCAACGUAACAAACCGUGAAGAUUUCUUGUCUGGGAGAGACGAAAAACUACGGUUUCAAGAAGUCGGGCCAUAUGUUUACAGGGAAAAUUCUGCACACAAAAACGUAACGUUUAAUAGUAACGAUACGCUGACAAUGACGCCUGUAUUUCCGUUGACAUGGGUGCCGGAACUGAAUGCUGGAAAAGAAGACGACGUGUUGGUACUACCAAAUAUUGCCCUCCUGAGUUUUGCCAGUGUCAUGUCAGAAGCCUCUUUGAUCACCAGGAUGGGUGUCAAUCUACUUAUUCGCCAAACGAAAUCCAAACCUUUUGUCAGACAAACGGCUAAGGAGUUCAUGUUUGGCUACGAAAGUCCAUUAGUGACUAUUGGCAACAAGUUCUUGCCGUCUUGGAUCGCAUUUGACAAGCUGGGCCUUAUAGACAGAAUGUACGACUUCACCGGAGACAGCGCAACGAUAUACACAGGCACAGGCGACGUGUCCAAGUCCGGGACCAUAGAGAACUACAACAGAAGGCCAUAUCUGCCGCAAUGGCCAGCUGCCCCUUGCAACAAAGUGUCGGGUGCUUCGGAUGGUACGAAGUUUCCAUCAGCGUCGGAAAAUGGUACACAAAUGAUGUUCUUCAGGAAGUCUCUCUGCAGGGCAAUUCCGAUGGUAAAAACGAGUGAACUGUUUUUGCACGACGGCUUGCCAGUAAACAAGUAUAUUUUCGAAAACGGAUCACUGGACAACGGUGCCGACAACCCGGCUAAUAAGUGUUUUUGUCGUAAAAAUAAAUGUUUGAAACCGGGACUGAUCGAUGUCACUGACUGUUAUUAUGGUUUUCCUAUCGCAUUAUCUUACCCUCACUUUUACAAGUCCGACCAAUCGAUAUUAGACGCCAUCGAAGGAAUGACUCCUGAUCAAGAGCAGCACGAAACCUAUUUUCUCAUCAACCCGGAAACGGGUAUGCCCACACAACUGUACGUCAGAAUGCAAAUUAACAUUGCUCUAGGUGACAUAUCGGACAUGGCAAACACGGAACAUUGUAGCAACUUGGUUAUUCCAUUAGUUUGGACAGAGAUUGGAUUCGAAAAGCUGCCCGACCACAUGCUGAACAAGUUCUUCGUGUACCUUCGGGUCGGCCCGGUCGUGCUCGUCGGGCUCAAGUACGCGCUGCUGGUCGGCGGCGUGGCGUUCGUCGCGCUCACCGUGUUCGCGUCGCUGUUCAUACCCGUCGACGACGAACUGAGGUACCGGAACUCGUCGGCGUGGCGCCGGGAGAGCCAGACGCUCACGUCCAGGGACUCGACGCCCACGAUACGCGUGCCGAUACCCGCGGCCGCCGUGGCCGGCAAGGAGAUGAACACGUACUACAACUCGCUGUUGGACGGCGACGGCGCGGCCGCGGCCCGGCUCAACGACGACCUGUGCGACAGGCUGGACGUGGUGCACGAGGUGAGGUCGCUGAGGAGCAGCUGCACCGGAUCGGAGUACGAGGACGACGACGGCGCCGACGAAGACGACCGAAUCGUCUGACCGACCGGACGCCAACGAUUUUGUCAUCUAUAAAUAAAAUACGACCCGGUGACGCGACGACAUCAAAAAAACGUUGCCUCGGCACACAAUAUUAUGUACAAUAAUAUUAUGCUUUACAGUUAUUAUAUUAUAUGUUAUCGUCAUCGUCGACCUGUACGAUAUGUACAUAUAUAUAUAUAUAUGUAUAUAUGUAUAUAUGUAUAUGUGUGUAUAUAUAUAUAUAUGUUUAUAUAUAUUAUACUAUGUACCCAUGCAUAUUUGUGUAUAUAUAACAUUUAAUCUCAAUGCCAUUCGGAGAGACAAAUCAGAAAAUUCGAUUCGACUUUUGUUCCAUCACGUUUCGACGAUUGCCAUUCCUCGUUUUUAAACCGUAAUAAUAUUAUAUAUUAUUAUAUACGUACAUGUUUAUACUCAUAUAAAAGUAUGAUACAAUAUAAUAUGGUAAUAUAUUAUUAUAUAAUAUUAUAUCGAUGCGAAAAUGUGAUAACCUAGACUUAAGUUAUUAAAAUGUGAUUUUAUAUUAUAUUUUACUUUAAAUUAUACACUGUUUACGAACUCUUCGGUGUCGGCCCCUAUGCAAUCGGUACAAUAUAUUAUUAUAAUUUUUGAUAAAUACGUGUGCGUUUGUGGUUGAUCGUAAAUUUCUUAGAAUCGCCCGGAUAAAAAAUUAUACGACCGUUGUUUUUUUGUGUUUUUUUUUAUUAUCGCUCCGUCGAACCUGCAAACCCCUUGGCGUUCCUAGGAAAUUAAUUUUAUAUGGAUAUAUUUUUUUUUUUUUUUUUUAUAGGUAGUGGCCAUCGACUUACCUAUUAACGUGGAAAUAACUAACGCCUACCUUAAAUUAAUAUAAUAUUAUACCCAAACAACAGUUGUAAACUUGUACCAAUACCACAGUGAUGGGUUUACCGUAAUAGUAUCCAUUGAUCGAAAAUUAUUUUAUCAUCAUUGGAAUCAAUCUCAAAUACGAGUAGCACUACUGAUUUAAUAUUCCGGUAAUACUUAAUUAAUCGACCACAAAGCAAACUAAAAAUAUACUUAUCGAUUGCAUUUGCCCAAAAAACCACAAUUUUUUUUUGUAUAAUGUAUGAAUAGUUAUAUAUUUGACAUUUGUUUUGUGUACUCAAAUAUGGAACAAUUAUAUUAUAUUAUAAUUUUUUUUUUUUUUUGGCUGAAGAGUCAAAUAAAAAUAUUCUAGUACUAAUUUUAUUUUACCGUUUAGUUUAAUAUUAUAGUAUACCUAUAUACUGGCCAAGCCAUAUUGAAAUGUAUCUUUAAGGCUGUCAUUAGUACCUAAGUGUUGUAUAUUAGAUUUACUUGUAUUUAUCUAAAAUAAAUAUACCUAAAUGGAGAAAAGAAUA